AUGGUAUUAACAACUUUUAAAACGUGGAAUAUUAGUACAUAUGUAAAAUCUACAAAAAAUAAAGUUCUAAGUUGCAGGGGCAAAAAUGAGAAUAUAAUAAAAAAAGAGGAUAUUAUCCAAGCUAAAAUAAAUGACUUUUCCUUUUUUAAAGCUCUGAUGUUAUUUCUUUUAAUAUGUAUAAUACAGCUUUGUAGAAAUAAUACGUGCAAUGAAGUCAAGAAUAAUGAAGGAUGUGCGAAACCUUUAGAAGUCUAUAGAUCAUUAGCAGAGUCAGAAACUGGAUUGGAUGCCAUAUUUGAUUUAUAUAAAGAAAACUUUUUAAGGAAAAUGGGGUGUAGUGAUGAGGAUUCUGAAAAAAUAAAAACCACUUUGAAAUCACAUUUACGUAAAACAGCAGAUUUAGACAAAGAUGAAGAAGAACAUAGGAAAAAAAUGGAAGAAUGUGAAGAUAUUAUAAAACUAGGUAGUAAUAACAGUAUUUCAAAAUUUUUAAAUAGAUUCAGAGAAUUAUCUUCUCCUUAUUUUCUUACAGUGAGUUCCUUUAUAUUGCUAGCUAAUGGAUAUCAUAAAAUUUUUUUAACAUUAGUGGGAAUUUUGAUUUUUAAAAUGGUAAACUUUUUUUGGGAUUUAAAAUAUGUGAUUUCAAAAAUGACGAAAAGUAUGUAA